GAACACUUCAAGGCUUACCAACGUUAAGCAAAUCAAGAUCAUAAGCGUACUCUCCUUCCUUUAAGUUACCUUGUGUUCUCUGAUCAGUCUAGUUUCAUGGCUAGCAUCGUUACCCAUUUCUUUGGGAAGCCGACGGAGCGCAGCAAGCAGGUCGACCAGAGCAUGCUCACGAGCUUGCUCAACAUGUUCGAAGACGAGAAGUUUGCGAAGGAAAUGCUCGACACCCACGCCCCCAAUGAAGGGGACAUCGAUGCUCAGUCCCUCUUCAUUCUCGUCGAGAACACUCUCAAGGGCGCCACUGGGAUUGUCGAUGGCGUUGUCAAUCCCAAGGGAAGUGGGUCAGCACCAGCAAGUGGAGUGGAGUAUAAGUCUGCAAAGGACGGAUUAAAUCCGCCCGUGGAGGCUAUUAGCGAAGUGACUUGUCAGCUUACAUGCAAAGCACUUGACACCAAAAAUGUGCGAGAGACUAUGGCGUCUCUACUUCAUGAGCUAUCGGGCUACUCUUGGGUGUCCAAGGCUGUGCUGACCCUCUCCUCCCUGGCCAUCUACUAUGCCGACUUCUGGCGGCUUGCUCGGGUCGAACCCUCGGACAAGCUCGGGGAGUCAGUCGCCAUACUCAGGGGGUUACCUGCAAUCACCAAACCGGCUGACCAGACAAAGAUCCAGGUGUUUGGGGUGCUUAAUGACAUGAUCAAGACCAUACUGGACAUGACCGGGUGCAUAGUUGAGUUCGAACAGGAAAGCAAGGAUGUGCCCGAGCUAUCCACGGCCAUCGAUAUCUCCACCAGUGUCACCCAGAUCAUCAUCUCGAUCCUUGCUUGCUCCAUUCAGUUCACUACCCUCAUCAGUUCUGUGGUGGAUGAGUCGAAGGGGAAGGAUCUGCCUGCAUUUGCUCGCAAGGUGAAUGUGGUCCAUCACACAAUCAAGAGACAGCUCGAAGACUUCAAACAAAAAAAGGAGGAAAUUAGAGAGCACCAAAGGCUGCAGAGGCUUUUUAAGGCCCCUACGGACAAUGUUGAGCUCAUUAAGGCGAUCUUUUACACAAAAGAUGACCCUCAGCCACUUUAUCUCGGCUCUAAGAAGUCUACAGAGAAGAUUGACUCCCUGCGAAGGAAGAACGUGUUGCUGCUCAUUUCAGACCUGAAAUUCAGCUCCUACGACCUGUCGAUCUUGGUGAACAUAUACAAGGAAUCCGAGUUCCAUGAGAGCCGGUAUGACAUCCUGUGGGUGCCCAUAGUGGACCAGGAGACUGAGGACAUGCCGAACCAGUUCGAGAACUUGCAGUCCCAGAUGCCAUGGUACACGGUGCACUACCCCACCCUGAUCAACAAGGUUGCGAUUAAGGUCAUCAAGGAGAAAUGGCACUUCCGGCAGGAGACAAUGGUGGUGGUAUUGGACCCACAAGGUAAGGUUGUGUGCUCGAAUGCGAUCAACAUGAUCCGAAUGUGGGGCUUCAAAGCAUUUCCUUUCACCGACUCCGUGCUCUCAACAAUCUGGAAGCAACGUGAUGUCAGCUGGUUCGAGCUGCUAGUGAAUGACUCGGUCAUUCCAAAGAUAGAGGAAGCGAUCAAAUCGGAUAAAUUGAUAUUCCUGUAUGCAAGUGAGGACACGAAGCAAGUGCACGAGAUGGAGGAGAGCAUAAAGAAAAUGACUGACGACUCGGGAACACCGAUCUUCGCGUACAAUGUCACUAAAAUCACACUGUUCUGGACGAGGCUGGAGAGCUGCAUGUUCUCGAUGAUGCAAGCGAAGAUAGAUGUCCUCGACUCACUCAUGCAGGACAUCCUCAAGCUCUACACCAACUUCAAGAAGGAAGGCGGAUUCGCUCUCUUCACCAAGGGCACGCGGGUCGUGAUCAACAGUCCACUGACCUCUGCCUCCAAGGUCGUGUCGCAGUAUGAUGCUUGGAAGAAGCAGGUGAACCAGAGUGGCAAGACAUUGGAGGUUGUGUUCAGAGAGUACCACGACAGGGUCGUGACUCCUGAGACGUGCCACCACUUCUACAUCCCCAACAUGGUCGGGCACAUGCCAGAGAACGUCAAGUGUCCGGUUUGCCCACGCAUCAUGAGGAACAUUGUCAAGUUCGAAUGUUGCCAUGGAGCCCAUUGAGAAAUAUAUGCUGGCGUGUCUCGUUUAAAUGUUGUUAUGUUUGUGCUGCAGCGAGGAGAAGAGAAAUGAGUGUGUGGAGAGAUGACGACCUAUAACAUAUCUAUGUUUGGCCUUUUGGCUGAAACUAUAUGUAUGCACCUUUCAUGUUGAAUAAAAUGUUUGGGUGAUGACAAUAGAGAAAUAUGGACAUUAUAUGCAUGAUACAUA